CCCUAUCUUUACCAGCGCUUUAGCCUCGCUCUUCAGCAAAUGGGACCUUCCAGUUUUCACGCUGCCUUUCAAUUUGGCCCUGAGCCUGUUCCUAGGGGCCACCGGUCACUAUAAUCCUUUCUUCCCUACGACACUGAUAGAACCGACCACCUUUUUGCCCAACAACUCUUGGUCUGACGUUCAAGUGACUAUGCUCCUGAGGUCUAUCCCAGUAGGAAUCGGGCAGGUCUACGGUUGCGAUAACCCUUGGACUGGUGGCAUCAUCAUGUUGGCUCUUUUCCUCUCAUCCCCUCUCAUCUUCAGCCAUGCUGUGAUUGGCUCAGCGGUUGGAGUACCUGCAGCUCUGAGUCUGGCUUCCCCUCUGAAUAAAAUUUACGCCGGGUUGUGGAACUACAACAGCUGCCUCUCCUGCAUUGCCAUCGGCGGGAUGUUCUACGCCCUCACCUGGCAGACAUUUGUGUUGGCGGUCACUUGCGCUUUUUUUACCGCCUACGUGGGAGAAGCGAUGAGCCGUAUUUUUUCCGUGUUUGGGCUUCCAGUUGGGACCUGGCCCUUCUGCUUAUCUUCACUCACCUUCCUGCUCUUAACCACCAACAACGAGGCCAUCUUCAAGCUGCCUUUGUCCAAAGUCACCUAUCCCGAAGUCAACCGGGCAUAUUACAUCGCGAGAAAGAAGCCGUGCCCUGAAACCAUUUGUGACAAAGUGUGA